ACUCGCAAACUAUUUUCUCUCCAAAAAAACUUGAGCACUUGGGGACUGUGACAACUGUUUCUUCAAAUCAGCUCAGCUCCAGAAAUAAACAAAUCCAAUAAAGAAAUCACAACAACAUAACACAUAAACACCUUCACAUGCCCCUCCUCCUCAAAAGAGGACUGUCAUUUUCCUUUCCUUAAUACUCAAAAAGCACAGACAGGCAUAUGCAUUUGUGUUUGCGUUGGUUGUGCUGUUUACCUUGGGUCUGAUCUGGAAAUGGGUCGCAGAAGCUGCAGAAGAUCCAAGGGCUGGAGUGGGUUUUGAUUGAUUCAUUGAUUGCUUUGAAACUUUCAAAUUCUGUUUCUACUUUUUGCUUUUUUUUCUGGGGUGGGUUAAAGUUUGGAGUGUGAGAAGCAAAUCAGCAAUGGAGUCAAGAAUGGAUCAGUAUGAGAUCAUGGAGCAGAUUGGCAGAGGGGCAUUUGGUGCUGCUAUUCUAGUUCAUCACAAACAAGAGAGGAAAAAAUAUGUUCUGAAGAAGAUUCGGUUAGCUAGGCAGACUGAGCGUUGCAGAAGAUCUGCUCAUCAGGAGAUGGCAUUAAUUGCAAGGAUUCAACACCCGUAUAUUGUUGAAUUCAAGGAAGCAUGGGUGGAGAAGGGCUGCUAUGUUUGCAUUGUUACUGGCUACUGCGAAGGUGGUGACAUGGCUGAACUGAUGAAGAAAGCAAAUGGACAAUGUUUCCCGGAAGAGAAACUUUUGAAGUGGUUCACUCAGUUACUCUUGGCCGUUGAAUAUCUACAUUCAAAUUAUGUUCUACAUCGUGAUCUGAAAUGCUCUAACAUCUUUCUUACAAAGGAUCAAGAUGUUCGCCUUGGGGAUUUUGGACUUGCUAAAACACUGAAGGCAGAUGACCUGGCCUCUUCGGUUGUUGGAACUCCCAAUUACAUGUGCCCUGAACUUCUUGCAGACAUUCCUUACGGUUUUAAAUCAGAUAUAUGGUCUCUAGGUUGCUGUAUAUAUGAAAUGGCUGCACAUCGGCCUGCAUUUAAAGCUUUUGACAUGGCGGGACUGAUAAGCAAGAUUAAUCGAUCAUCCAUCGGGCCUCUUCCUUCUUGUUAUUCUCCAUCUUUGAAAGCACUUAUUAAGGGCAUGCUAAGAAAGAAUCCCGAGCAUCGGCCUAGUGCAUCAGAACUCCUGAAACACCCGUAUUUGCAGUCCUAUGUUGAGCAAUAUCGCCCGUCUGUUAAUGCUCCUUCAGCUAGGUCGCCUGAAAAACCCGGAAGCACUGGUAAUGACAGUCGAAAGAAUAUGGCCGAAAGCCAAAGUAGCACGAGCUCUUGCAGCGAUCGAGAUAGUUUUAUGUCGAGCGAGAAAAACAUCCAUGUGAUGGGUUUGAAUUGUGACAAUAAGGGUUCCGAUGCCAAUUUGGCGUUUGCUGAUGAUGAAAUUGAGUGCGGGCAAGCUCACCACGGGGAUGAACGUGGAACGGAUACUUGUAGUGAGAAGACAGAGGAUCAGGAGGCGGGAAAUCUCUUGCAGAAUGAAAAGAGAUCUAAUUUGGAAUCUAAACAACCUAGAACCAUAAGGAAUAUAAUGAUGGCAUUGAAAGAAGGGAAAGGUAGAGAAAAUAGCUCUCCUAUGAGAGGCAGCCGAGCAAAGGCUAGUUCUACGGGCACACAGAAAGCUGUUGAAGUGUCGCCUAAAGUCCCGAAGCCAAGCUCAGUUAGCCCUAGUUCUAGGACUAAUGUCGAGGGAUCAGCAAAGGCCGGUUUUGAUUCUGUAAAACGGGCGCAAUUAAUGCCUUCUCUGAAGCAUCAGUUGCCCGCUAUUGAAUCCUCCCCGAAGACUAAGCCUAAACACGAGGGGGUUUCUCCGGGGCCUGUGAAGCACAUUACCGAAGAGGGAUUGCCUUCAAGGAUGAGACAAAAAACGCCUCCUAGUUUAACUAGGCGACCAUCAUUUCCUUCAAGGAUUAGGCAAGCGGGGAACGAUGCUCCAGUUUCUGUGGACGAUAAUAAGGGUCAGGAUCCCGAAGUGAGCCCCAAUUCCACGUCUCGUGGAUUUCAUAUCCAUGCUUCGAAGGAUAGCAAGCAACAUUCUCAGAAGUCUUCGGUUGGUGGAAUGUCAAACGAAAUGCAAAUAGAUAGUAGCAAUUCUGCUUCCUCUUCAGUAUCGAUUCAAGGAUUUGAAAUUUGUGACUCGACAACCCCAUUUGUUAAACUGGCUGAACAGUUGCUUCAAACUCGCGAACAGGCUAUAGAUACAGACAGCCUAGGAUCAAGGCCGUCUUGUUCAGUUACUACCUCCACACACUCUGAUAUUCCCGAUGGUUCAUCUCGGGAUAACCUUGAACAUAAGAUCAAAUUCGAGGACAGCCCGGAUGACAUUUUCGAGGAACGCCAUCAACAAAUGGACGCUGCUGCUUGCAGUGAGAAAUCAGAUCCAAUUGUAGCGGUGGAGAAUGCCCUCCCAAAUUCAGAAUCAGCGGUUGGUUUCAAAGACAAUGCUCCAACUCGAACGCCCGCUAGCUGUUGUUCUGAUGUGGAGCAGUCACCCGCCAUUCCCAUGUCCGGUGGUGAUGACAAGCAUAUGGUAAAAGAAUUCGUUUCUUCAGCAACCAACGGUGCCUCUCCAACUGCUGCUCCCGUUUCUUCGAGCCAAAACCAAAAGAAUGCCCUUCAGUCAAACCACAUUUCAGUAUUGAAGGACGAUGACAAGUUCACUUUGAAGGAACUAUUAUCGUCACCAACAGAUCCAUCAAAUCCCUCCCCCGCUAUUAUCCCUCCUGUGUCAUCAACGCAGGAGACUUUACUGCCCGAGAAUGGGACUUUUCUGCAGGAUGAUAAACCAUCCCCUAGUCACACUACACCGGCUUUUGAUGAUGUCAUACAUGUGAUCCGGCACAGUAGCUUCCGAGUUGGUAGCGAGCAGCCACUGAUCAAAACUCUGGAGAGAAACGCGGAUAUUGGGAAGCUGAUAAACAUGGUAAGAGAUGAGCCCGACACUGCAACCCUCAACGAUCCUUUAGCUCCAGCAUCAUCAAUGGACGUCAAAACCAAGGAAAUAGACGAGAAAAACCUCAGCAACCCCAACAGCUCUCCAGCUCCAAUUCAAGAUUCUUCUGAACCAGCAAAACCGAACAACCCUCCAGCAGAGGGAACACCGGUAAAAGAGACAUUAGACGUAAAGUCAUUCAGACAAAGAGCAGAGGCACUCGAAGGGCUAUUAGAACUGUCAGCUGACUUACUCGAGAAUAAUAGAUUAGAAGAGCUCGCUGUCGUUCUGAAACCUUUCGGGAAAGAGAAGGUCUCCCCUAGAGAAACCGCAAUCUGGUUAGCUAAGAGCCUGAAAGGAAUGAUGCUGGAAGAGUCUGCUCACGGUUCAUGAUUACUAUCCAAAAGGUAUGCUUAUUUCUUGCUCCAUAGAUUAGCCUUUCUGCAUUUUUGCUUGGUAAAGUUUCACUUGAAUUCCCCAACAGAAAUGCUACAUAUGUCUACUUUCCCACUUUUUUCUUUUUCUUUUUCUAUAAUGUUUUUGUUAUUCUUUUAUUUAGUGAAGUGUACAUAUUGAGGAUAUAAACCCUGUUUUUUAAUUCCUUUUUCCCACUGCAAGUGUAAGAAUAUGUUGUAUAACAUUGUACAUUGUUAACAUUUAUUGGAAUUACUGAUUUGCAAUGCUGUUUAUUGUUAGUGUA